AAUAAACUUGACUACUCCCAAAAACAUCACUCUGCUCUAAACCCCAUAACAAAGCCUUCGUGCAUAUUGUUUAUGACAAAACCUGGAACAGAAAAUGCAGUUAUUAUUAUCUCACCUACCCUGCUCUCUGAUCUAUUCUGCCUCUCCUUCCCCAAGAACCACACCCACUCUCAACUGCUCUCAUUCUUGUCCCUGUCCUUUUCUGCAUUAAUCAUGCCACUUCACUUCAUCAUUGGCACAAGCUUACCAAUUUCUUGAAAUUUAUGCUCCUGGGUUUUCCCUUGAGUUUACAUGGUGAACCCCAUGUUUUUUAUUGGUCAUAAUGGUGGAAAUGUGUGUAAAGGUCCCAGCUUUUUCAAGGUUUGUUCCCAUUUUGAUGUUUGGUGAGUGAAUGCAAGUAAUGGGACAUUCUUGAAUUUGCAAGGUUUUUCUAGCAGCUGGGCUGACCUGGGUUCUUUGAGGUUUGUUGACUUUUUACACUCUCUUGUUGCUACUUGUCAGUGCCUUUUGGAAUUGCUAUUUAGUUAUCUUGAACUCUUGAAGUGAUAGAAGAUUCCUGCUGAUUUGAGUAUUGUGUUUUAUUAUUCCACUUGUUUGAUUGGGAGAAUAGAGGAGGGAAUGCAGAUGCUGUGUACUAUUUGUUUGAUACUUUUGUCUGUACUAGAAUUGGUAUUUGGGAGAUCAGAUUUGGAGGCUCUUUUAGAGGUCAAGAAGGGAUUCCAGGAUGACCCUUCAGGGAAAGUUCUUGUUUCAUGGGAUUCUAAGUCUUUGGCAUCAAAUGGAUGUCCCCAAGACUGGUAUGGAAUCAGCUGCAGUGAGGGUCAUGUUACUUCAAUUGUACUUAAUGGUGUUGGUUUAGUUGGAGUCUUGGAUUUUCCAGCAAUUGGCAGUCUCAAAUUGCUGAGAAAUUUGUCAGUAGCAGACAAUCAGUUGAGAGGCAAUGUCACAGCUGAGAUUGGUGCUAUUGAAUCAUUGGAAUAUUUGGAUCUUUCUCGAAAUAUGUUUAGUGGGUCAAUACCCUCUGAAUUCGCCGGUUUAAAGAACUUGGUAUUUCUCAAUUUUUCCUUGAAUAACAUGGAAGGCGGGGUUCCUUCCGGUUUUGAUAGUCUUGAACAGUUAAUGUAUCUGGAUUUGCAUUCAAAUGCCUUUUCGGGUGAUGUCACGAGCCUGCUAUCUCAGUUGGGGGGUGUGGUUUAUGUCGACAUCAGUGGCAACGAGUUUUUUGGAUCACUGGACUUGGAAGUUGGGAUAGGGGGUUCCGGUUUUGUAUCUACUGUACGAUAUUUGAAUAUUAGUCACAAUAAGCUGACAGGCGAGCUCUUCCCUCAUGACGGGAUGCCAUACUUUGACAGCUUAGAGGUUUUCGAUGCAAGUAAUAAUCAGUUCGUGGGCAAUCUCCCAUCCUUCAAUUUUAUUGUCUCGCUUCAAAUUCUUAGGCUUGGAAACAAUAAACUCUCGGGAUCUCUACCACAAGGUCUCCUGCAAAAGAGCUCAAUGGUCUUGUCUGAAUUGGAUAUAAGCCUUAAUGAGCUUGAAGGUCCAAUAGGAAACAUCAACGCUGAGAAUCUUAAAGUUCUGAAUUUGUCUUCCAACAAGCUAUCAGGCCCAUUGCCUGUUAGGGUUGGACGUUGUGCAGUAAUAGAUCUUAGCAAUAAUAUGUUGUCUGGAAAUGUUUCGAGAAUCCAAGGUUGGGGAAACAAUGUUGAAGUUAUUACAUUGAGUUCCAACCUGUUAGUGGGAUCUUUGUCGAGCCAAACAUCUCAGUUCUUGAGGCUUACUUCAUUAAAGAUCUCCAACAACUCGUUAGAUGGUACUCUCCCGCCCAUUUUAUGUACAUACCCGGAACUAAAAACGAUUGACCUUAGCACAAACGUAUUUAGUGGUCCCCUCCUCGCUUGCCUCUUUAACUCUUCACGGUUGAGUAAUGUUAACUUGUCUUCCAACAAAUUUACGGGAACGAUUCCUAUGGAAGAGUUGACACCUCAGAACCCGAUCUUGGUAUCUCUUGAUUUGUCACAUAAUGUGCUGUCGGGGCAUUUGCCUCCCGAGUUGAAUAGGUUCCCGAACAUUGAAAGUCUUGACCUUUCUGACAACGAUUUUGAAGGUGGCAUUCCUGAUGGCCUUUCAGAAACAUUGAAAACUUUCAAUGUGUCUGGUAACAAUCUCUCUGGUCCCGUGCCCAAAAACCUGUUGAGGUUUCCUAACUCGGCAUUCCAUCCGGGGAACUCCUUGCUCGAGUUCCCACAUGAGGAAAUUUUACCAAAUGGUAAUUCAAAUCUGAACCCUGUAAGACGAGGUCGCCACAUCAAAUCUGCUGUCAGGGCAGCUCUCAUUGCAGGUUUAGUCGUCACUGCUUCCGUCGUUGCUUUGUUGAUCGUCUUGAUCUACUGCAAAAUCCAUCAUGUUGAUAGUGGAAAGGCGAAUCCUAAAGGAAGCAGUGAGAAGAAAGGUUCACCAUUGUCUGCUGGACCUGAGAUCGGGAAUCAGGGCUUGCCUGUUCCAGUGAGACAAAACGAAGCAUUAUCUUCUCCUAUAUCCGUUAUGUCAUCUGCCAAUAUAUCGCCUUCUAGGACACAAGAUCCAUCGAAAAGCCCUAAUUCUCUCAAGGUUUCUUCUCCCGAUAAAAUGGCUGGAUCUUUACAUUUAUUCGAUAGCACCUUGAAAUUCACUGCGGAAGACUUGUCGUGUGCUCCUGCAGAGGCUGUUGGAACAAGUUGUCACGGUACUUUAUAUAAGGCCGUGCUUGGUUCUGGCCAUGUUUUGGCGGUCAAGUGGCUAAAAGAAGGGAUACUUAAAAACCGGAAGGACUUUGCAAGAGAAGUAAAGAAAUUGGGAAACAUUACACAUCCAAAUUUAGUAUCCCUUCUAGGCUAUUACUGGGGGCCCAAGGAUCAUGAGAGGUUGAUCAUAUCAAAUUAUGUUAACUCACCGUGCUUGGCUCUCUACCUUCAUGACAAAAAUUCAAAAACACUAAAUCCCUUGUCUCUAGUUGAUCGGCUCAAGAUUGCUGUGGACGUAGCCCGGUGUCUAUGCUACCUUCACCACGAGAGCGCCAUACCUCAUGGCAACCUAAAAUCCACAAACAUCCUAGUCGAAGCAUCCACCCACACCGCGCUCCUCACAGACUACAGCCUCCACCGCAUAAUGACUUCUGCAGGGACAGCCGAGCAGGUACUAACUGCAGCUGCAUUGGGGUACCGCCCGCCCGAAUUUGCCAGCACGAGCAAGCCUUGCCCUUCGUUAAAGGGCGACGUGUAUGCCUUCGGGGUCAUAUUGCUCGAGCUCCUGACGGGGAGGAACUCUGCUGAAAUCGUGCCCGGGAAUGCUCAGGUGCUGGAUUUAACCGAAUGGGUGAGGCUGUUGGCUGCUCAGAACCGAUCCCUCGAGUGCUUUGAUCCGUCCGUGCUGGGAACCGGGAGCAUGGAGCGCGUGUAUGCCGCUCUAGACGACAUGCUUUGCACCGCUCUCCGGUGCAUCCUCCCUGCAGAUGAAAGGCCUGACAUGAGAGUGAUCUUUGAGGAGCUUUCAUCAGUAUCAGUAGAGAACAACACCACAGAGAAGUAAUAAGUCCAGAUCAGAAGAGACUCAAAAAAGUGUAGAUUUUGUGGCUAAGAAAUCAAUUGAUUCUUCCCUUGGUUCAUUGUUUAGAUCAAAUUCAUUUCUCAUUUUCUUGGAUAGCAUUAGAAUGAGGUCUAAGAAUUUGGUUUUUGUGUAGUUUCCC